CAAUUGAAUCGUCGGCGGCGACAGAGGUUCAAGAAAUACUCACUUAAUCAAAUUAAUCCGUUUUUUUCACUGGCAAAGUCGUGACUAGGCGAUAUUUUGUGAUAUGGAUCAGGCAACAGCUGUGAAUCGAGUUCGCGAUGGUCUAAUGGAUGAUUGGAAAAUCCUGGAAAAUGUCUUCCACCUGCUGCAGAAAGACGACACAUUCUGCGUGGAUCCCCAAAAAUGGAAUAAGCAGAAAAUUGUAUCAUUUUUGCAGCCAGACGAGUUGAAGGAAUUGAUUAAUCUGAAAAUCCGGGAGACGGAGAAGUGCACUCUCGCGGAAAUCGAGCAGAUUUGCCAGUCGGUGAUCGAGUAUUCAGUGAAAACCUCGCAUGGACGAUUCCACAAUCAACUGUUCGGACAGGUUGACCCCUUUGGAAUGGCGGGAGCAUUGAUCACAGAGGCCAUGAAUGGAAGCUCGUACACCUACGAAGUGGCGCCUGUUUUUAGUCUGAUCGAGACAGAGCUGAUUGCCACGGUGUGCAGGUUGGCCGGAUAUAAAGAUGGUGACGGUAUUUUCGGACCUGGAGGAUCCAUGUCCAACAUGUACGGCAUCGUGAUGGCUCGCUACAAGUAUGCACCUGAAGUGAAGACCUCUGGCAUGUUCGGCAUGCGGCCUCUGGUGCUGUUUACCUCCGAGGAGUCCCACUACAGUUUUGUGAAGGCAUCCCACUGGCUGGGCCUUGGCAGUGACAAUUGUGUGGCUGUGAGAACCAACGAACGUGGUCAAAUGCUUUUGGACGACCUGGAGGCUAAGAUAAUCGAGUCAAAGGCUCGUGGAGCACAGCCUUUCUUUGUCAACUGUACGGCCGGAACCACUGUGCUUGGAGCAUUCGAUGAUAUCAAUGGGGCUGCGGAUAUAGCCGAACGCCACGGACUGUGGCUGCAUGUAGAUGCGUGCCUGGGUGGGGCAGCGCUUCUAUCCCACAAACAUCGUUCCCUGAUUGCCGGCCUCGAGCGUGCGAAUUCCUUUGCCUGGAAUCCCCACAAGACGGUUGGAGUUCCCCUGCAGUGCUCGCUGUUCUUGACUCGGGAGUCGGGGGAAUUGCUGCAACGCUGCAACAGUGCGGAGGCCAACUAUCUGUUCCAUCAGGACAAGUUCUACGACGUCUCCUACGAUACGGGCAACAAGAGUGUGCAGUGCGGCCGCAAGAUAGAUGCGUUCAAGUUUUGGCUAAUGCUUAAGGCUCGUGGCUACGGGCAGUAUGGGCACUUGGUUGACCACGCCAUCGACAUGGGAAGAUUGUUGGAGGAUAAACUACGAACUCGUCCCGAUCGCUUCAGACUUGUACUCCAGAAGCACGAGUACUCCAAUGUCUGCUUCUGGUACAUACCCAAGGCCAUGCGGGUUACAGCCGACAAGGAGACGCCUGAUUGGUGGACCCGCUUAUACACAGUAGCCCCCAAAAUUAAGGAGAAGAUGGCGUACAGCGGCACGUUGAUGGUUGGAUAUUCACCUCUGAAAGCGCGCAACUUGGGCAACUUCUUCCGGAUGGUUUUCACGUGCUUUCCAGUGCUCCAAACUAAUGAGUUAGAUUUUAUCUUGGACGAGAUUGAACGACUGGGCGAGCAAAUCGUAGUUUAACCAAAAUUCAUUCAGUUCAUCAUGUAAAAUAUACAAAUGUAAUUU